GGGGGGAGGCAGCAGGGACGCUUUGGACUGGGUGACCCCCAGCUCUCUGCGGUUUGGGGACAAGGACUUAUCACGUGCCAGCACCUUCUCCUCCCUGUGGAAAAAACCUACAGUAGCUGCGUCUUAUCCCUUUCUUGUUGCAGCUGUGUGGAAGAGAGAACCCUGUAAACAUGGCAUGGGCAUACCAUGUUAAGUCUACAGGCCAUGAAGUGAUGGAUGAUUUCUGGAUGUGAAGUCAGGAAGGAAACAGGAGGCUGGGGAGAGAGGAACACAUCCAGGCAGGAGAAGAGGAGUGUUGUGGAAGGAAACCAGGAAGGGAGUGACUGUAGACCCAAACAGAACUAUCUGCAGGUUCUGUUUGACAUCAUUAGGACUCUAGUCCUUGGUUCCCCUUCCUGGGGCAUAAGAAAUGACUGGCAGAUACACCCAUGCUGUGGUGAGAGGGGUGCCCUCCUCUCUGGCACAUGAAGGAGAUGGGCAGGUGGACCUCGCAAGGGCACAGAGGGAGAGCGGUGUCUUCUGUGGCAUCUUGAGGCAGAAGCUGGGUCUUCAGGUGAUGGAGCUACCCCCAAACGAAGAUCUACCCCGAGGACAACUAAUUGGGGACAUGGCAGUUGUGAUAGCAGAUACAGCCUUAAUCACUCGCCCAUAUAAUCCUGCAAGAAGAAAAGAGACAGAAGGUUUGCAGAAGUUGUUUGAAGAGUUGAAAUUCAGAGUAUGUGAACUUGAGGAUGAGAAUGCCACACUGGAUGCCAGUGAUAUUCUAUACACAGGUACAGAGAUAUUUGUGGGUCUGUCCAAAUGGACCAAUCUCCGCGGAGCAGAGAUGGUGGCAAAAACGUAUCAGGAUUAUGCCGUAUCCACUGUUCCUGUUGCUGGAGACUUGCAUCUAAAAAGCUUCUGCAGUAUGGGCGGCCCGGACACCCUCGUUAUCGGAAGCAGCAGCACAGCUAAAAAAGCCUUGAAGGUGAUGGAGCAGCUGACGGAUCACCACUACGAGACACUAACUGUGCCAGAUGACCCAGCUGCUAACUGCAUCUACGCUCGCGUGGGCCCCAAAACCAAUGUCUUGGUUCACCGCAGUGCGGAGGAAUAUCCCAACAGCGUGCAGGUCUUUCAGAAGCUGACUGAUUACACACUGGUCCCAUCAUCCUGCACGGAGGUGUCUAAGAUUGGAGGCUGCCUGACCGCUUGCUCCAUACUGAUAAACCGAAAGCUGGAGAUCUGAGAUCUGGUUCUCCCUGCGACCGAUUGUGCCAGACUGUGCACACUGUCACUGGGCUGUGUGUAUAGGGGCAGACCUCACACAUCUUUAUAUGGCAGGUGCUUAAUUCUAUGGGUUACCUCUAUCAUCAUCAUAUUACACCGAUGCACACUCCUGUAGCACAUAGUGUGUGUCUAUUACAUAUCUCCAGGACCUAUAUGAAUGUCUAAGGCUGUCUGUAGAUAUCGGUAGCUUUCUGGAUUAUGGUAUUUUUUUAUUUCUUUGCAUAAGUGAGGAGAAUGUUGGCCUGUCUGGCUGAGAGGACUAUAUAUGGUUAUCGAGCGCUGUUGAGCCUUCAUUUUAUGUAGUGUUAUAGUUGAGUAACAUUCUAGCAUAGGUAACACAAUGUCGUCUGACCAUUGUUCUUGUACAGUUCCGGGAUGCAUAAUGAACUUUUAUUGAGAGUGAAAUCUCUCCUGUUAGCGGAUGUGACGCGACUCGCGUCAUCUAUGAAAUGGCCACUAGAUGGUGCACAAGUGUCUGACUAGAGAUGCAAUAUUGUUCAAUUGUCUGGGUUUUCAACCACUUUGGAUUCAUUUAGCCAUUUCUGCCUUGCCAUGGCACAGACUAUCUUGCUAAUAUGUAGUAUAUUUUAAGGGGAACAGAUAAUGCUUGAUUGCAAAUUCUUCUGGUGCUAAUUAGAGCCCAUUGUUUGUCUGUCUUCUGUCCACCUCAUCUCUUGACCUCUGUAAAGUGCCCUUCUGUGUGUAGGUGAAAGGGAUGAAGAUCUUUUCCAUAUUGAGCAAAUCUAUCAGAGAAUCCAGUACAUCUCUUCGGUAAGAAGUUACGACUUCUGAGGCAUGAGGUAACUCUGCAUCAUGCCUCGGUGUUGUCACAGCUUGGUGGUAAAAUGAUAGGCUGAAUAUUGGUUAAGGCAAAUAGCUGCCUCCUUUUGUGUAUCAGUGACCGGUACUGUAGAUGGUAAAUUCCUUCCCUUGGUCCACAGAACCUUUUUCUUUUUCUCUACCUCAAUCCCUUUCUCUACCUCUUCCACUUUCAUACACAGCUCUGUUCCACCCGUCUUCCUUCCCUAGGUUCCCUGAAAAAAGAUCUUUUGUAGUAAGGUGAUAUCUUGCUGUGACGAGAGUAAUCCAUGACGGCUAUUAUGAAGACUGUCAGUGUAGAGUUUGUCUCUCCUCACUUUGUCCAGACUUGUCGCCAGUUUUGAAUGUGGAAACCACAAUGGCCGGUGACGUUCCUUGGCUGCGAUCUCCUAGCAGCCAGAAUGUUCCCAUUGCCUGCUGGUGAUAUUCUGUUUUAAUAGGGGAGUAGAUUUUCUGCCCUCUGUUAUUAAGUGAUCUCCAGUUAGAUUUGACCAGAUAAGACGUGAAAGGCUUUUAUGUCCCUCCUAAAUCACUGUUUGACAAAAGCAUUAGGACAUCUGCCACCCCCUCAGCCGCCUCAUCUACUAUAUGCUGGAAACUGUUUCCCAUUUUUUUUUUUUUUUUUAACCCUCUAAAUUUAUAAAUAAACUGCUUCAAGAGA